ACUUCUGAUAACCCCACCCCGCUUCAUCCGCUGGUUCCAUCUCACGUCGUGGUCUAUCUCCUCAAUCGCCGCCGAAAUCACCAGCCCCCCUUCCCAAAAUCCAUCACGGGAUGUCCUCGCAGCCAACUGUACAUCUGCUCCCAUCUACCCCGCCGCCCCGUCAAACCCCACGGUGGAUUCAGAUCCGACAUUCCGGACUGGCGGGGAAGGCAGGUAUUGCGGCAAAGCGACAACGAUGAUGAGGAGGAAGACCCUGGGGCCAUGCGACGGGAGCAAGUCACAUAGCCGCUUCCUGACCAGCGGGAGACGCCGCAAUGGCUGCGAGGAGGAGGUUGCUCAGCGGGAGUGACGAGUCUCCCGUGGUAGCCGGGGCCGCUGCUGAUUCAGACAAGGCGAGUAAAAGGGAUGCAGGCCAUGCCAGGGCCUCGCAGGAGGCGUCCGCCAUCGUACAACAUGCAUGGAGAUGAGGUGGCGGCUCGAACUGCAGCGGGCGCAGCCAUACGAGCUCGUCGUCGGGAGGAGGGAGGCCGCCGAGGGCAUCUAGCGGCAAAAGGAGCAGCUCUCUAGGGCUCUUGCCGCGCUGCACAACUACAAAUACAGGUACGUGUUUCUUUCUCUCCACAUAUACUAAUAGAUUUGGCUGUGUUUUGUCCAACAACAUCGAUCUCCUGAUUGCAAGAAUCCGAGGAGGGGGUAUCUGGAGAGAAGGCACAGCUUGGACAUCUGGAGAGGCUGCUUAGGACGAGGCAGUAUUGUAUCCAGAUCCUGCCAAGUUGGACAUGCUGCACACGUUUUAGCGACAUAGCAGAUUUCCAUUCCUGAAGAUCACAGCACCAUGCAAAGGCGAAGGCAAAGGCAGCCAAUCGAGUAUGCACAACAGUUAUGGUACGGCGAAGGGCGAACAAAGCGAAUGUAAACGCAAGCACAAGAGAGAGGCCACAAGUGGCGGUGUGGAAGCCUUCCCAGGUCACCAGCUGCCACACGGCUACGGCUGCGGCUGCUAUAAAACCACACCGAGAGUCCGAGACGCCGCCACCAACAAACAAACAGAAGCCACGCCGGAGUCUCGUACCGCAAACGUCGGAGGCAGGAAGCAUCGUCCGCCGUCUCUUCCCGGAGAUGGCCGCCGUGGUGGUGCUGUUCGACUUCGACAAGACCAUCAUCCAGUGGGACAGCGACGACUGGGUCAUCACCAAGCUCGGGGCCGCCGACGCCUUCAACCGCCUGCGCCCCACCAUGCGCUGGAACUCGCUCAUGGACAGGAUGAUGGGGGAGCUCCACGCGCAGGGGAGGUCGGCCGACGACAUCCGCGUGUGCCUCAGGAGCGCGCCUCUCGACGCGCACGUCCUCUCCGCCAUCCGGACGGCGUCGGCAUUAGGGUGUGAUUUGAAGGUGGUGAGCGACGCCAACUCCUUCUUCAUCGAGACCGUCCUGGAGCACCACGGCGUCCUCGGCUGCUUCUCUGAGAUCAACACCAACCCCGCGCGCGUGGACGCCCAAGGGAGGCUCAGGAUCUCGCCGUUCCAUGAUCCCACGACCUCGCCCCAUGGCUGCAACCUGUGCCCUGACAACAUGUGCAAGGGCAAGAUAAUCCAGAGGAUUCAAGAGACAGACAGUGCCAAGAACAAGCACUUCAUAUACAUCGGUGACGGGAAGGGGGAUUACUGCCCCUCUCUUAAGCUAGGGGAAGGGGACUAUGUCAUGCCAAAGGAGAAUUACCCCCUCUGGAAUCUCAUCAGCAGCGAUCCCCAGCUUAUCAAAGCUGAGGUUCAUCCAUGGUCUAGUGGCGAGGAAUUCGAAAGGAUCCUACUUAAGCUGGUGAACAAGCUGAUCACCUCGCAUGCACAGGGGUCCCAAUUGGACUACAAAUGCGACAUGAGCAAUCCAGUAUCAACGGAAGUGGGUCACCAUCAGACUCUCCCUGUCCCAAAUUGAUCCGUAACCAUAUCUUAGCUCACGGUACAGGCAAGAUUUCGUGACCAUUUUCACAUGCCUCACCAAGGAACUGUCCUCGAUCAGAAUUCAUCCUAGUAUAUGAUGUAACAAAUAAUUGCACCGACCAUGUCGGUGGAUUUUCUGCACAUUGCGUCUCUUAUAAAACUGCAGGAUAGCAUAUGCGAUUAAAUUUAGAAUCAAGACUUGCCCAUCAAACUCUACAGGCAAGUUCAGGGACCAAACAGCAUGUUUAAAUGAGAUAAAACAGUCAACAGUGUAACAGAGUGGUAGUGAUCUGCUAAUGCAGGUGUGGCAUUUUCAGUAAUCGUAUUUAUAAACGGGAUUUACGUUA